UGUGAGCCUCGGUUUUGUUGAACUUUUCCGUUCAUUUCGGUUCGUCGUUUUAAACGCCAGCCUUUUCAAACCGGGACAGCAUGGCGACCACAGCCAGCCGUUAUUACAGCGAGGACGGCAGAGCUUCCAAAAGACAGAAAACCGAAGGAAUGGCCACUGGAUAUGAAGAUCCACACAAGACACCCCCAUCUGUGGUGUUGCAUGUACGGGGGCUGGUGGACGGUGUUACAGAGGCUGACCUGGUAGAGGCCUUGCAAGAGUUUGGAGCAAUCAGCUAUGUGGUGGUGAUGCCAAAUAAGCGCCAGGCCUUGGUGGAGUAUGAAGACAUGAAUGGAUCAUCAACAGCUGUAACCUAUGCUGCAGAUAAUCAAGUAUACAUUGCCGGCCACCCAGCUUUUAUCAACUACUCUACCAGCCAGAAGAUCUCCAGGCCAGGAGAUUCUGAUGACUCCAGAAGUGUUAAUAAUGUCCUCCUGCUCACCAUUAUGAAUCCCAUCUAUCCCAUUACCACGGAUGUUAUCUACACUAUCUGCAACAACUGUGGACCUGUCCAGAGAAUUGUCAUCUUCAGGAAAAAUGGUGUUCAAGCAAUGGUUGAAUUCGACUCUGUGCAAAGUGCACAGCGGGCCAAAGCAUCACUCAAUGGAGCAGACAUCUACUCCGGCUGCUGCACGCUGAAGAUAGAGUACGCAAAGCCCACUCGCCUGAAUGUUUUCAAGAAUGACCAGGAUACAUGGGACUACACAAAUCCUAAUGUGGGAGGCCCAGAUGGUGAUGCAGAUGGAAAUGGGAGCAAUGCAGAAGAUGUCGGUGCAAACCCCAACAAGCGCCAGAGACAGCCUGCUCUGCUGGGCGAUCACCCUCCAGAGUACGGAGGUGGUUACCAUGGUUAUGAUGACAGCUACGGCUCCUCACAUUAUGAGAGUCACCGCAUGGGCCAACAAAUGAGAGGGCGUGUUGGAAGAAACUAUGGGCCUAGCUAUGGACCCCCUCCCCCACCACCUGGCGAGUAUGGUGUGCAGGCAGAUUCUCCUGUCCUCAUGGUGUAUGGUCUGGACCCGGCCAAGAUGAAUGCAGACAGAGUUUUCAAUAUCUUCUGUCUCUACGGAAAUGUAGAACGGGUGAAAUUUAUGAAGAGUAAGCCAGGCGCCUCCAUGGUGGAAAUGGGAGACUGCUACGCUGUGGAUCGAGCUAUCACGCACCUCAACAACAACUUUCUCUUUCAAAAUAAGCUCAAUGUGUGUGUAUCAAAGCAGCAAAGCAUUGUACCUGGGCAGUCUUACGAGCUGGAAGAUGGUUCAGACAGUUACAAAGACUUCCAUAGUUCCAGAAACAACCGGUUCACCUCCCCAGAACAGGCUGCGAAAAACCGCAUCCAGCACCCCAGCAACGUGCUGCACUUCUUCAAUGCCCAACCAGAUGUCACUGCAGAACUCUUCUCUCAGAUUUGUGAAGAAGUUGGUGUCAAGCCCCCCGUCAAUGUCAAGCUGUUCACAGGAAAGGGUGGUGCCAGUUCCAGUGACCGCAGUGCUUCUGGUCUGCUGGAGUGGGAGUCCAUCAAUGAUGCCAUGGAGGCGCUGGCGAUGAUGAACCACUACCAGAUGAAGAAUGCCACCGGACCGUACCCGUACACUCUGAAGCUCUGCUUCUCCACUGUCCAGCAUGCCAACUGAGCGCUCCAUCACAGCCACGGAUGCCACCAAUGGUCCACAAUCCCAUAAGUGUAGGCAAACCUGGAGACACUUCAGUGUGUGAAUAUUAAACCUCACCACAGAAUUCCUCCCUGCAGUGUUGAGUGACCAUAACUGGCAUAUGAAGCUAACCAUAACAAGCAUGUGGAAAUCUUCCUUUUGUGUCUCCAGUGUGGUUUGUAGCGCCAGUGUCUCUUUGAUGUUCAGUUGUCAUUUUUUACUUAGUGUGUUAUUAGGCUUCUGCGCUAGGCUGUUUAUGUGAGAACGUGCUCUGAAAAGACUUGUUUUAUGCUGAGGUUGGUCUGUGCCAGUGAAUAGAAAAUUUCUUUUGAAUAUUUGUUUUUGCUUCUCCCCCCUUCUUGUUUUUAGUUGCUGCCUCUUCAGUUAUGCAGCUUACAUCUGGUAUGUAGAGGGAUCAUGUUUUGUUCUAAGACAAUAAAAUUUUAAGUUGU